UUCGGCAAACUAUCGUGGAAGUGUUUGUUUCGGAAUUAAAAAAGAAUGGAUACAAUACUAAAAGUUGGUGUGGUAAGCUUACUGUGCGCUUUGGUUACCACUCUCCCCGUUCUAAUGUAUCUAAUAACAACGAGAGAAUUGCCACAGAAUGAUAUGUGUGAACUAUAUAUAACCAGAAGAUUUCAAUGUGAACCCCAAAAAGACUUGAAGGAAGGAUUGUCGGAGAUGCUUGACAGGCGUGAAAUUAUAAGACGUACAGAAGAAUAUCGGACACAAGAAACCCUUUACAUGCAAAAGCCUUUUCUGAAACUCAUUGGAACAGAGUUGAUAAAUGAAAAAAACGAGAGAGGAGGAGUGAGCGGGAUGACGAUCAUAACAGACUGGCAAUAUGACAAAGAUAUGUUUGAGAAUAAUGAAAUAUCUAGUAACAUAAAAUACACAAGUGGGUAUAUGACAGUUCCUGAUAAAGGUCAUUAUUUCGUUCAUUCGUCUAUUGAAUUAGUGGUACCACCUCACUUAGUAAGUGGUAUGGAUUUCACAGUACAAAUCAAACACAGUAUAUUUCGUACAUGCAUCCUUGGGAAAGAGGACCUAGAGAUUACCUCAAACAUUCAAACAUAUCUGGUAACAGACAAUGAAAGCUUGUACAUCGGUAGAAGUCAAGUAUCUUCAUUAGUCAAAAUGGAGGCACGAGACAAGAUUUCUAUAAGAUUAAGUAACAUCACAUUUUUCCACAACUCAAAAAAUAAUGAAUUUGCCGUUAGAUUAGUUUAGUAUAUUUAGGGUAAUAAUAUAUUAAAUAAUGAAUUUCUGGUCAAGUUACUGUUAGCUCAACACAUUUAGAGUCAUUCUAUCCUGAGACUUUUUUGAGAUAUUACAGUAAUAUUUAACAUUUAUACACAAGUUGUGACACGCCAAAAGGAAUACUACAAGUUAUGAAUGUUUUGUGAAAGACCAGUUUUUUUUUUUUUUUCAAAUUUGUUUUGAUGUUCUUUAUUUUGAAAUUCAUAUAUUUUCUUACUCAGUCAUCCCUGGAUACGAAUGACGGGCAACUUUGAUCUUUUUCUAUAGAAAAACAUUGUUAAUCACAGAUGAUGCGUAUGACCGGAAAGAUUAUGAGAUUCUGACACAUUGUUUGGUAUAAUACUGAAUUUUAUUUGAAGAGUUCACAGCUGUAAAACUUAUAAUUGAUGGAGCUAGAACACACAGCUGUGUACUCGUUCAAUAGAAUCAAUAUUGUACUUAACAAUGUAUUCGACAAUGUAUAAUGACCUUUAUAUUAAAUACGGCCAAUUAAUAAAGUUUUGACAAAGUUUAUUUUACCUUGAGUACAAUUUUAGAUUUAAUGUGUAUUUUUAUGAAAACAAGAUAGAUGUAGUUCAAUAUAAUUUUAAUAUGGAGUUUACGACUCAGAAAAUGAAACCAAGGCUAAUUUAGUAAGAUCUGAUCCAAAUAAUGGUUUCUAUUGGAACCCAUCGCGGUGUAAACGUCGGUAGUUUACUUGUUACAUUUAAUCUAAAUUACAUUUUAUUGCUUUCGUCACUAGAUCUACUGUGCCUUAAUAUGUUUUUGUUUGUUUGUUUGUCUGUUUGUUUGUUGUUUUUGUAUAUUGAAAACAAAAUAAUCGAGGAACUGUUUCUUAGAUCGUGUAGUUUAUUAAGCAAAUAAGUCAAUAUUAAAAUUAGAAUUAUGCAUAAAUAAGGAAAACAACGCAUAUAUAUGCACUACGGUAAUAUGUGCUGUGUAGUUAUCUCUCUUAGUAACAAAGAAAUGUUGUCUCUUUUAACUAUACAUUGUUUUUAUGGUCUUUCUAUAUGUGUUUUAUACGUAUGUACAUUUUUAGAUGAAACGGAAGAAAAAUCUUUAGUAUUUCAUACUGUAUAUCACACAUUUAAUAUUUGAUAUUUUACAUAAGCAAGGAAUAAAUCUCCAUCUUUUGUCACAAUAUAAAAUAACAUAUUAAUGGCUUUAUUGGUGGUUUCCAUUUUACUCCACGCUUAAUAUAUAGUACCUACCAUAUGUCCUCAUUGUAUUUUAACAUGUAUUUUUAUAAAUGUCAGACAAAUUAAUAUUCUAUGUUUAUUUAUAGGCCGGUGCGGCUUAAUUGUGUUUUUUAUUAAAUCGGUGAGAAAAAUAAUUGUAUGUAAAAUAAACAUCGAAAACUUUGUUUUCAUGUUAUCCUGAAACAGAUCAAUUUUAACUAACAUAUUCUGACAUUAAAGAUUGAAAAUGUAAUUGUUUGUGUAUUUACUUCAAACAUGGUAUGACUGAGUUUCUUAAUGAUAAUGAAAUGUGUACCAUCUAUGAUCCUUUUUAUUGAUUGGUGUUUACAACAUUGAUCCUUCUUUGAAAAAUAUUUUUGAUGUAAUUGUAUUUUUGUUGUUAUUGCAAUUAUAUUUUUGAUG